GGACGGACUGACGGGGAACGUUCACCAGGAGAAGGGAAAGAGAAAACACAUACAAUCAUCAUAUAAAAUCUAUUAGAUUGUCAAAAUAACACAACAUCUGGACAGAUGAUGACUUAAACCAAGGGGGGGGGAUUCAAAUCACCAACAAUGGCCAAUACAGGUAGGUGCUGCGCCAGUCUGGAGCAGCCCAAGGCCCUGAUGAAGAUGGGCCUGAGUAUGGUGCUUGUAGGACACGUCAACUUCCUACUGGGGGCGCUAGUCCACGGGGCUGUGCUGCGACACAUCAACCUGAACACACGAGCCCACACCGUGGCGUACUCCAUAUCUAAUAUAAUGGCACUCACUACUGGACUAGUGGGUGUUGUUGUAGGAACGCUGACCAUCCUCCGGUCUAAUAACAAGAAGAGCAGAGUGCUGACAUGGUCGUUGUUCGUGGUCAGCCUGUUUGGUAGUCUCCUGGCCACAGCGUCUGUGAUUGGCCUCACCGUUUCUGUGGUGAGGGUCACAGUUAAUGGUGGGCGGAGCCUCCUGACUCACUGCCGGUUCCCCAACGCUAUUGGCUACGCCAGCAUCACUAACGAGUGCCCUUUCGACCACACACGCGUUUAUAGCAUGACACUGAUCCUGUGGGUUCCUCUGAUCGUGAUCUGCAUUGUCCAGCUGGUUUUGUCAGUGCGGUGUUUCUCUGUGUGUGUUUCUUUCCUGGGUCUACCCUGCUUCCCUCGCAAGAUCAGGCUCAGGGACCACGGUAGAACGAUGAAUACAGUAGCACCCGCAGAGCCGCCCUCUCUCACAAGCUCAGUACCCGGUCAUCCCCUUCAUCUACACCUUCUUCAGCCAGACUCGCCUCAUCUCAAGUCCCAGCGGCAGCCUCUUCCUCCUCCUCCUCUUCAUCACUCGGACCCGCCUCAUCUCAAGUCCCAGCGGCAGCCUCUUCCUCCUCCUCCUCCUCUUCAUCACUCGGACCCGUCUCAUCUCAAGUCCCAGCGGCAGCCUCUUCUUCCUCCUCCUCCUCUUCAUCACUCGGACCCGUCUCAUCUCAAGUCCCAGCGGCAGCCUCUUCCUCCUCCUCCUCUUCAUCACUCGGACCCGCCUCAUCUCAAGUCCCAGCGGCAGCCUCUUCCUCCUCCUCCUCUUCAUCACUCGGACCCGUCUCAUCUCAAGUCCCAGCGGCAGCCUCUUCGUCCUCCUCCUCCUCUUCAUCACUCGAACCCGUCUCAUCUCAAGUCCCAGCGGCAGCCUCUUCCUCCUCCUCCUCUUCAUCACUCGGACCCGUCUCAUCUCAAGUCCCAGCGGCAGCCUCUUCCUCCUCCUCCUCUUCAUCACUCGAACCCGUCUCAUCUCAAGUCCCAGCGGCAGCCUCUUCCUCCUCCUCUUCAUCACUCGAACCCGUCUCAUCUCAAGUUCCAGCGGCAGCCUCUUCCUCCUCCUCUUCAUCACUCGAACCCGUCUCAUCUCAAGUCCCAGCGGCAGCCUCUUUGUCCUCAGCAUCAGAAUCAGAGAGGAAGUUCAGACAGGUGGUCUGACGAGGGGCAGCUGGUUCCCCCAGAGGAACAUGAGCUGCUGGAACAAGGUUUCUGGAUAUAAUGACGAUGACGAUGAACACCCAGAUACUGCUCCAUACCCCGUCUAUAUAAUCCCGAACCCAGAUACUGCUCCAUACCCCGUCUAUAAAAUCCCUAACCCAGAUACUGCUCCAUACCUGUCUAUAUAAUCCCUAACCCAGAUACUGCUCCAUACCCCGCCUAUAUAAUCCUUAACCCAGAUACUGCUCCAUACCCCAUCUAUAUAAUCCCUAACCCAGAUACUGCUCCAUACCCGUCUAUAUAAUCCCUAACCCAGACACUGCUCCAUACCUGUCUAUAUAAUCCCUAACCCAGAUACUGCUCCAUAUCUCGUCUAUAUAAUCCCUAACCCAGAUACUGCUCCAUACCCCGACUAUAUAAUCCCUAACCCUGAUACUGCUCCAUACCCCAUCUAUAUAAUCCCUAACCCAGAUACUGCUCCAUACCCCGUCUAUAUAAUCCCUAACCCAGAUACUGCUCCAUACCCCGUCUAUAUAAUCCCUAACCCAGAUACGGCUCCAUACCCCGUCUAUAUAAUCCCUAACCCAGAUACUGCUCCAUA